AUCGUUCACAAAAGUUUCACCUACAACUUACCUGAUUGGCUAAUAGCUGACCAAUCAAAUUUCGAAUAUGUUUCGAUGUCCCCCGGUGUCCUCUCUCGAAUGGCGAAAACCGCAGGUCUCUACAAUGUUCCUAUGAAAAGUUAUUCAAAAAACAGUGGAGGACAUUAUAUUUUGAAACGGAUAAUAGUAAUCAAUUUGUAAUCAUGAGUAAUCACCAGUAAUCAAAAUUAAUCUCCAGUAAUCACUAGUAAUUAUUAGAAACAUGCAUCAUUUAUUGCGGAUCAUUGAGCAUGGAAAUAAAAUUAAAAGCUGUUAGCGCAAUCUCUGCGGAAUAAAAAUGUGAAAUACGAUGUAGCUGUUGUUGCUACUUAGGGCAUACCAACAGUAAUGACGCCGACACUAUACUAGUUCACAUAAGGAUGAAGGAUGUUUUCUUUCUAUACAAUCUGAUAGAGAAAAGAUUGCUCCAUUUUUCUAUGUUAUUUGAUCAUACUUCAACUAAUAUCAUAAUAAUAAAAUCUCGAUAAGAACUGUUUUUGUGUUCAAGUUCACUAAUAUGUAAGGCAAAUUAAAUGGCCACGAUUUGCAUUUCGGUUUUCAACCUCUUAAUACGUUAUAUUAAAAAAAUAAAAUCUACCAAAAGGUGCAGCGUGAAAAGCUCUACAAUUCGCAUAAGAUCGCUUAUUUUAUAAUUGCACUUUUUGUUUUCAAAAUGAACAAAAUGUUGAGCGACUAAUUUUCGACCAUAUGAAAACGCUACUUUUUUUUGGUAUAAGAUGAAUUCAUUUUUUCUUAUUUCAUCUUUUUAUCGCCUGAUAUCUUUUCUUUAAGGAAAAAAAAGGCAUCACAAGAUGCAGUGUCAAAAACUCUACAAUGUACAAAGUAAAUCUUAGAGCUUGUCCGGCUAACGGCCAACCAGAGUGAUUAAAGUAGAAGCUGAAUAUUUUCAGAAGCUAAUAACAUCAUGUUAUAGAGCACAUCUUGCUGUAUUAAGAAACGUACCUCAUUUUAGCUUUUCUUCGCACAGCUGAAAAAAACUAUGUACAAAACAGUCUUAGUGUGUUUUUCGAAAAUUCUUGCAGUUUUCGUACAUACAAAGUACUCAGGCGAAUCGUCAUGGUUUUUCGGAAAAUUGGUAGUUUACUCCUAUGGCGGUUGUGGAUUGUUUUGGGUUUUUUGGCGUUCGGUUGGGAGUUUCGGGGAAUCUGAGGACACCAUUCGAUAGAGCUCGUUGAGUUCUAGGUGGCUUACUAGUUUUCUUUUGUGGCUUAGUCGCUCAGGCGAAUUGUCAUGGAAAAUACUCGAAUCGGCUGCUAACUUUCCUUACAUUAAUAAGAAGUUCCAAAGAAUUGAAGGAUUUAUCAGUUGUUAUAAAUGCAAGAACACUCAAAUUUACAACAAGUUAAGUGGUACCAAACGUUACAAAGAGCAUGCUGAUAAAUGCUUUCCCAUAUUGAAUAUUACAACAACAAUAUCACCAUCACCAACAACGCCAUCAACAUCAACAACGACAUCAUCACCAUCAUCAACAACUUCAUCAUCAUCAAUCAGUUUUACUUCAUCGUCAUCUACAUCAGCACAAGUAACUUUAAAUCAAAUGGGAUUUACCAAAUCUAUAAAAUUUAAUGAAAAAGACAUCAGAAGAAUGAAAGAUUUAUCAGUGGAAUGGGUGUGCGGUGAUAUUAGGCCCUUCAGCAUAUUCGAUGAUGUUGGUUUUAGACGUUUAGCACCAGAAUGUGUUCGAUUGGGUUCUAUAUACGGUGCAUUCGAUUUAAUGAAAUUUUACAUGGUGAAAAAAACCAUAUCACGACAUAUUAUUUCAUUUGCUGAUAAUUCACGUGAACAAAUUAAAGAACUUUUAUCAAUUCCUCUACAAGAACAUUCAUUAACAAUCUGUCCGGAUUAUUGGACAGACUUACAUAAAAAAAUGUCUUAUUUAGGUGUGAAUGCACUUCAUAAGUACUUGAGUUUUUUCGGAAUUAAUUCAUUGGCUGAUAUUAAUAUAGUAUGUGAUCGUGGUAGUAAUUUUGUGUGUGCUUUUAAAGAUUUCGAGCCGGUUUUCUGUUACGGUCAUCGACUGAACAAUAUUGCCAAACUGAACUUUUUUCAGAACAAAAGGAAAAAGGAAAAAGUUGGUGCCGUUGUAAUUGAUGCUACAAAUAUACUUGAUACAAAUCCACCUUCAACAAUAAAAGCUGAAGAUAAUGAUAAUGAAAUUCAUGAAUCGUCAAGCGAUGACAGUGAAUUAUCAACUGAUGAUGAUUUCGCAAAUGACACAGCUUUACCAGUUAUUAGAAAAAAGAAAAAAUUUGUUAAAGUGACUGUAUCAUCAAAAAAUGAUUUAUUAUUUUCUCAGAAGAAAAUUACGGUUAAGCAAAUCCCAAUCUCAGCUAAACAUGUUCUUCAAGUUUUAAAUAAGUGUAAGAAGAUAGUGAAAUACGUGAAAAAGACAGGAAUUAACAAUGAUAUCAAACAAGAAUGUGGUGCUACAUUGGAUCAAUCGUGUAUCGUUCGGUGGUUAUCAAUGUUGAACUUGUUGGAGAGUAUGUUAAAAUCAUUCAAGGCAACAAAACGAUUAUUAUUAGCUCGAAAUAAACAUUCAUUAAUUAAUGAUUUAGAUUUAGCAACAUUAAAACAACUGGUU